AAUGAUGUAACCUACGACAUGCAUCAUCGUUCACUGAGUUGUUCUAAACAGGCUCUGGUUCUAUAGCUAGCGUCCGUUCUAAAACAACGACGGUGGGUAAACAAACUUGUAAAACUUUUAUUUUUGAAUUUUCAUUUUCAAAUACUCUGGAUGGAUAUCCAUUCAAUCCGCAACCUCUGACCUAGCUUGAUUGUUUUGGCGCGUCCUUGAAUUUGGAUUCAUGAACAUCUUACCGGACAACGUUACCGUUCGAUUGCCGUUAGUUCGAUCUAAAUAUUUGCGUCGGGCACAUCUAUGAAGGAACUUGCUAACUAAGUGCAUUCUUUUUCUCGGCGAUUUCAGCUCUUCUGUGCAAAGUAGCGUAGAAAUACCGCGAUGGACACCGGCAGCGACAACAACGUGGUCCGUGUCCUUAACAACACUCCCCUGGUCAUUCUAACCUUCCUUCAGCAACAAGGCUUCGACAACGAAGAAUGUCAGAGAGAGCUUGAUUCUCUGUCUCGUGAUCUGAAGAUCACCCCGGACAUAAACUGUAACUCACCGGGGAACGGCUCCCACGAUGACGGGGAGCUCCAGACGGAUGGUCAUUUCAGCAGCAGCAUUAGAGGCUUGGUCGAUGAUAUCCAACCACAAGCUUAUCUGAAUAGACAUGGUGAUGAGGUUCAGGGAGUGAGAAACGUGGCCGCGGAUCUGAUCCUGAUAGCUCACCAGCUCGAGCAGAGAGUGGUUGCCAAGGCCACGGAGAACCUCACUAAGAAGCUGCAGACCUCCUCAGUAUGGUUCUGGAAGAACCACAUGGCUGUGGAGGUGGACUGGGUCCUAAGCCAGGGUCUGUACUCUCUGCUGGACCACCUGCCCAAGGAGAGGGUGAUCAUGGCCCUGGCCCUCACGCUGGUCAAGGGUGUUUGUGAGAAGGCUCCUGGCCUGCUGCGAGGCCUGUUCUCAACCGCUCUGGAAUACUUUGGGUCCAGGUGAUUUCCGAAAAAAAGAACCGGAACUUGGAGCACAAGCGAUUCUCAAACCCCCUAGAAUUGUUCUGAUUCUAGAAUUCUAGUAUCGCAACAUGAUUCUAGAACCUUCGCAAGGACCGUUGGAAUGUGUCGGAUAAACUUGAAUUCUGUCUGUUACCUGACGUUAAGUCCCAUUUAAAGGGCUUUCUGGUGAAUGUAGGCACUGCUUAAAAAUGUAAAACAAAUGUUGAAGCCAUGAAUGACUUUGGUAGACCAGAUGAUAGCAUUAUUUGACUAUGAAGUUGUCUUUAUUUUUUUACAAAGUUAUUUUUUCUUAUACUAACAUUAUUUGUUUAACUAUUUUCAUAAUUUUUUCUUAGUGCCAUUAAUGUUCUGUACGGUGUAAAAAUAAAUCUGAAAAUUACAGAGAAAA